AAUCGGUAUCGUGUCUAGACAAGUCGGUUGAAAGAUAUCAUCACAAAAUCAGUCAAUCGAUUGGGUAGGUUAAAUUGUCGAUCUUGUUCCCCCAUCAAACGUUUCUUCUUCAAUGAACUCCAACACCACGAGAUUACGUUUUUUGAGGAUUUUUAUGAAUGUUAAAAUUACAUAGAUGGUUGUAUAUGUAAGUUUUCAUUGAUUUUGAUAUCGGUUAAGAGCUCAAGGCUAACCUACCAACUGGAUGUGGUCUUGUGAAAACUUGAUCGACCCUUUUCUCUUCUUAUUGCACUUUCUUCCAUUAAGCGAACUAGUUUUAAUUAUACCACACACCCUCCAAUCAAAAGGAUUAAAAGCCUCUCUCUUUCACUUGGUAUCCCUAUCAUUCCUAGCUGCCUUCCCUUCUUAUUGCACUUUCUUCAACUCCAAUGAUCCCUUCCAUUGAUUAGCACAGUUCCACACUCUUCACCUCGAAACCCAACCUAUAAUUCCCAACCAACCAAAAUUAACUUCUCUACUUACACAAACCUGGUACUUGUUAGAAACCCAAAGUAACCAACCCUCAAUUUCCCUUUUGGACAUCUCUCUCCCUCUCUCUCUCUGCAUCUCUCCCCAUCAGGAACCCCACGUAUGUCCAGGGAGAGAAAAGGAGGAACAUUUAUAUCAAAGAUUGUGACCCAUCUGUCUGAAGUCUGAACUCACUAAUGGAUCCAUGGUGAGAGCUCCAGCACAACCAGAAUUACACAUGUUCUUGAAUUCCCCCAUGCCCAAAAGGGAAUUUUGGGGAGAUGGAAACAUUUAUUGUAUAUGUAAAGCGAAAACAGAGGAAUCGGUAAAGCUCUGUUUUUUUUUAUUCGGUGGGGAACUUAAAUUCCCCUGGCAGAUGCAGAGGCAGAGGCAGGCAUAUUGUAGCAAUUGCAGCACUGUGCGCCUUCCUUCCUUCCUUCCUUCGUUCCUUCCUUCCUUCCUUCGAGAGCUGCAUAUCAGUGUAGAUGUAGGGUUAGGCCACAUUAAGUCAAAGCCGAUGUUUCAUCAACUUGCCUCUGUGAGUAAACUUUGGAAGAAGCAACCAGCGACUACGCCGGACCCCACGAACGUCGACCGAUCCCUCUCACAGAGAAACUCGCCGUGCAUUCUGGAGUAGCUGAUAUUACUUCAAGACAAAAAUAAAACAGACAGAAAAGAGAGAGAGAGAGAGAGAGAGAGAGAGAGAGAGAGAGAGAGAGAGAGAGAGAGAGAGAGAGAGAGAGAGAGAGAGAGAGAGAGAGAGAGAAGAGAAGAGAGAGAGAGAUCUAACUAGCUAGCUAAUCAUGAAGCGGAUGUUUUGUCCAGAUGGGUUUUUCCUAAUCGUCCUUAAUUUGGAUGAUUGUGUUGCCCUACACUUGUUUGAUCAGUUUGGGCUAACGUUAUUGAAUUGAUCACCCAGGGGUGAAAUUUACUAUUAGAAAGUUGAUUUCAAAAUGGAAAGAGAACUUUCUUGAGGAAUGUUUGAAAGAUAGGAUUUAGUUUUCCUUGCGAAUAUGAAUCUGAGUACACUAUUUGAAUAAAUAAAAAAGGAACUUUCUCAACUAUUUGGGGCUAAUACCACUAGCAAUAUAAACUUUUAGCGACAUUGUCGUUUACAUUACGUUACUUUCGAUUUGUCUUUUGUAUACUAAAUCGUCUCAUCCAUUUUUUUUGGGUCAAAAGUUAACAAAAACACAGUCUGCAUACACGUGGCAGCUGACAUGAAAACUUAUUAUUAUUAAAAAAACUUAAAAUAAAUAUUUUCAAUGACAUUCGAUAGUCUUUACAGUUAUAUGUUUAAAUAAGAACAUCAAUCAUUAUCAAUUAAACAAAAUAAAGAGAAAAAAUACAUCAAUCAUAAAACAUGAACUAUUAUUGGCUCCAGAUACGGUGCUUAACUCAUGGUUAUGCACAUAUGAGUAACUAAAUCUGGAUCAUUCAUUCAAAAAUUCAAGAUCUAAUGGUGGAUAAUUAAAAGCCUUUUUUCCCUAGUUUUCUUAAUCGGCUCAUAUCUACUUCGUUUUAACUAGGAUUUCAUUUUUUUUUUUUUGCACAGAUGGAACGAGUUCGUUGUGCUCUACAAAUGAGAUCCAUUUUCAAUAUUUGUCUAGAAUUUUUUUAUUGCCUCUCGUUACCAACUACAUACCGUAUGAUAUCAUCUUCGUUUUGAAGUCGUUUUUGAAAAAAAUUGCACAGAAUGAACGAGUUCAUCAUGAUCUAUUGGAUCUACAAAUUUCUGGGCGAACAAAAUACAGGACCAAACAAUACCAUACAAUGCCACCCUAGUACAUGGUGGUAUCUUGUGGUACAUAAUGUUGAAAGUCGUAAAUGAAAGUUAGUACACUCUUAUUAUCAUGUAUUCAACCAUCCUAUAGUCUUGAUAUGUUCAUACCACCAUAGUGCGCUUUUCAUGGCAAUAUGAUAUGCUCUUAUUUCAAUACCAGUCAAUACCAUAUGGUAUAGACUAGUAAAAAAAUGACUCAAUAUAAUUUUUUUUGUUCC